AGCAGAGCUCAAGUCACAAGUACAUCUCGUGAGCGAAGACCAUCCAAGCGGCCACUCGCUUCGUCACUCACCCCGUCACAAUUACCGCACCCGUAACCGCAUCGAUCCAUCGAGCAGCAUGGCGGCGGUGCUGUCUCCUGCGUCGCUAACUGUGCAAACGAGCGAGCCCCACUCCACCAAGAAGCGUCCGUUGUCUCCCCCGCGGCCGUUGGAAGAGGUGCCCGACGUCUCGGCCGAUGACCUCACAACUCCCAGGCCGACGGUUGGUGUAAGUGGCUCGGUAAGCCCCAAGAACGAGUCCGUCGCUGCCAUUGAUCCGCACCAGCUUAAGUUGCUCAAAGUCAUCGGUCGAGGCACGUUUGCACGUCAAGUGGCACUCGCCCGUCACAGCGAAACGCAGAGCAUGUACGUCGUCAAGACAUUGGACAAAAGCAAGCUAGUUCAACGCAAACAAGUCGUCCACACGCUCGCAGAGAAGAAGGUGCUUGAAAAACUAGGCGGCCACCCAUUCAUCGUCAAGCUCUACUCAUCCUUUCAAACCGACCGCGAUCUAAACUUCGUACUUGAAUACUGUCAAGGAGGCGAACUCUUCUUCCACUUGCAACAGCAAUUCGCGCAGAAAUUCGACGAAAACACCACGCGGUUCUACGCCGCUGAAGUGCUCGCAGCACUCAGUGAGCUACACGUCAAUGGCGUCGUGUACCGCGAUCUUAAGCCAGAGAACGUUCUACUCGACGCUCAAGGACACGUCAAGCUGGCUGACUUUGGCUUUGCCAAACAGGACAUGGGUCCUGGACAACGCACCUACUCGUUCUGCGGUUCCCCCGAGUACUUGUCGCCUGAGAUGGUCAAGAAGAACGGCCACGGUAUGGAGACGGACAUGUGGUCCUUCGGCUGCUUCAUCUACGAGCUGCUGACGGGCUCUCCCCCCUUCCAAUGCGACGAUAUGCACCGCCUUUUCAGACUUAUCCAGCAAGGGCGUGUCUGGUAUCCUCCCUAUCUUUCGGGUCAUGCAAUGUCACUGCUUAAGGGCUUGCUAUGUGUGAAUCCUGCUCGCCGUCUCACUGCCGCACAAGCUAUGGGACACCCGUUCUUCACACUGGCACUCAACUGGGACGAGCUCAUCCAGCGCCAAGUGGCGCCACCCAUCGUCCCCGUGUGCCAUGGCUGCGAUUGCACCGACAAUUUCGACGACGAUUUCACGAACGCACCCGUGGUUUCCCUUAAGCUUCAAUCGGGCGACCUCGUCAAGCGUCUUCGACGUGACGACUGCUCCUGUCCAGUAGCUAGAGCAGACGAGUUCCAAGACUUCUAG